AAAUGUUUUCACAAUUUAACGUUUUUCUUCACGUACGAUAAGAGAGCUGAAAAAUUCAAAAAGCAAUGCCUAACCCUCUUAUUUCGACGCAAGACUGGUUUUAUCACAUACCUGCUUCAAGAAAGUCCCCAGAGCAAUCCAAUAAUAUCAAUGCUCCGUUUCAUUCCCAGAUUCCUGGAUUGAAUCAUAACCCUGUGGAAUCAAUUGCAGAGGAAAACCUGCCACAAUUUAAAAGAAAAUGGAUACGUGAUACAGAUUCAAAAUAUGUGAGACUUGCUAAGGCUGGAGGAAGAAAAAAUUUGUUAAGUUUUGUGUCAGCAAAGCCAUCUGUUGAGCCAGUUUCCUAUCCAAGAGUUGAUUGGUUUGAUCAUCAUCAGGAAACUUGUAUGAAUGAAGAAGAGAAUAAUGUCAAUAAUGAGGCUGAUACCAAGAGAUCAUGCAAUGAUUAUGCUGUCCUGCCUGAAUGGUAUACCCAUGAUGUUCCUGAUGACAAGGAAAGCACAGCAAAAGAAACCAACAUACCAUCCAAUGAGGAGGUAAAGAAGAGACCAAUGCUUGGCCAUGAUUCCAUGACAGUUUGGGAAAGGGAAACAAAGCAAGAUAAGGAUGGAAAAUCUCGUGCGAUGUUUGUUAAGCUUCCAAAAAUUUCAAAGAAAAGUACUAAGAAAAACAAAACGUCCAACAAAUAUUCAGCAUUGAAGUUACCAAAUUUAGAUGAUGAUCACUCUUCACCGGAUAAUGCUGAAGACAUGAAAAAACUGUUGUCAAUGGCUUACCAACAAGAAUGGCUCGCCCACAAGAGUGCCGAAUACACUCAAGAAAUGAGAAACCAAAUGGUGCUUGAAAAAGAGAGAAGGGUUCGUGAAAAAAGAAUUGCAAAGCGAUUUCGCGAUUCACUUAAACCGAAGAAAGAAUUGGUGGAAAACAAGCCUUUGUUUAAGCUGAGCAGGUUUAAUAAGGUGAAGUCCUGUAUAGAUACAAGAUGGUCUAAAAUGGAUACAUCAGAAAAAUCUAUUGCGCAUGUAUAAAGUCUAGGUUAUAGUUUUGACUUGAGUCUUAAUUGAUUGUUUUAUUCUGUGUACUUGUUUAUUUAUGUAUGUAUAAUUGAUGAAAUGUUAUGUGCAGUUAAAAGAUGAAUACAAUUAUGCUAUAGAAUUCAAAA